AAGAAGAGGGCUGCGGCUGGUGGUGUGAUUGGUGCAGACAGUCGAGUGUAUCCGCCGCCUCGGGCCAGCAGCAGAAAGACGUCCACCUCUCUCUGUGUUCAACAGUCUCACACUGUCUGGACUGUGUCGUCCUCUGGCCAAAGACUUGGUGGGAGUUUGGUUGACUCGACGCGACUCUGGUACCGAGUGUGAGGGAGGCGACAGAAACCCCGAGCCUCUAAAAUUACACUCAGGGUCCAGUCUUUGUCCCCUCGUCCACCGCUCAGCUUCACAAUGUCUGAACUUUUUAUGGAAUGUGUGGAGGAGGAGCUGGAGCCGUGGCAGAAACAAGUUCCUGAAAUUAACUUGAUAGACGACGACAACGACGAUGAUGAUGAUGAUGAACCCAUCUUUGUUGGAGUGCUCUCUAACAACCAAAAGGACAGUGAGCCUAAACCUCCACCUCCUCCAACAAACAUUGCGGCGAUACAAGCAAUAAAGCAUCCUGCUCCUCAACCUGUCAUUAGCUCCCCUCAAAUAAUGCUGCCACUGAAUAUUGCUGGAAAUACAGUGACUACUACAGCACCCACUUUGACAACAGUGACUCCGCAACCUGUCAUUGUCAAUAACCAGGGCUUUAUUGUCACUUCUCCACAAUUAGCAAACAACCCUGGUUUUAUUGCUUCUCUUGGUCGGCACUACCCACCUGGGACAUCGUUUACAAUAGUACCAGCUGGUCACCAGCAGAUUUUUCAGCAUGUCAGUCCAGGCACAAUAAUACCCGGUGCUGUCCAUAGGCCUCAGGUGCAACAAAUCAGCAACAACAUUGUGACGUUGUCUAACGUCCAGAGCCCCACUGUGUAUUCAACACAAUCUAACCUGCUGCAGCCCAACCUGUCGAACCCCCAGACUAUUCAGACCUUCUCUGUGCCUGUAAAGGCCAAUAACACCAACACGGUUCAAACGACAGUCAAACGAGGAUUGCAACUACAGCAGACGGACAGUGUUGAAAAAAGAGCAAAGUUUGAUUUGGGGCCGUCAAAAGUAACUGUCACUGUGGAAAAUGGGAUCCUAAAGAAAAAGUGCCCCAAGUGCCAAGAAGAAUUCCUUACACCAGAAACUCUGAAAUUUCAUAUGAUGAGUUGCUGCACAAAUGUUGACAGUGCAGCUCUGAACAUGAGUGCAAACAAGCGCAUCAUGCUGGUCUCUGAAUUCUACUAUGGCCGGUUUGAAGGAGAUGUGAACAAGAAGGAUUGCCAGUGGACCACCAUCACCUUCAAGUGCCAGAGCUGUUUAAAAAUUCUCAAGAACAAUAUCAGGUUCAUGAACCAUAUGAAACACCACCUGGAGCUGGAGAAGCAGAAUAGUGAGAGCUGGGAGAGCCACACAACUUGCCAGCAUUGCUACAGACAGUACAUGACUCCGUUCCAGCUGCAGUGCCACAUCGAGAGCGCUCACAGUCCGAUCGAAUCCUCAACCAAUUGCAAGAUAUGUGAGCUUGCGUUUGAGACGGAGCAAGUGCUCCUGGAACACAUGAAGGAUAACCACAAGCCCGGGGAAAUGCCUUACGUCUGCCAGGUGUGCAAUUACAGGUCCUCUUUCUUCUCAGAUGUGGAGACGCAUUUCCGAAGUGUCCAUGAAAACACAAAAGACCUGCUCUGUCCCUUCUGUCUCAAAGUUCUGAGAAGCAGUCAUAUGUACAUGCAACACUACAUGAAACAUCAGAAAAAAGGAAUCCAUCGCUGUGGAAAGUGCAGAUUGAAUUUCCUCACCUACAAGGAGAAAUUGGAGCACAGGACUCAAGUCCACAAGACCUUCAGAAAACCUAAAGCCCUGGAGGGCCUUCCUCCGGGUACAAAGGUGACCAUUCGAGCCUCCCUUACAGGAAAGAUGCCCGUAGUGCCAAACUCCCCUGAUGGGUCUGGGGUGACCGUCAGCCCAGAAACACUAAGUUUCAAUCAGCAAACCAAAUCUCCAGUCACUGUUUCCAAGUCUAAAUCCAACGUGUCUGGAGCUGCAAAAGGCAAAGCGACUCAGAGCAAGAGGAAAGAAGCUCGACCUUCCAAGCACAACCUGGCCCUCAGGAAUCUUGGAGUGGAGAGAGGAUGUUACACGUGUAUCGAGUGCAAUACAAAAGUUGACGACUUCUUUUCUCACUUCCCGAUGGUUUCCAGCUGUGGUGCUUGCAAGUAUCGGACUAGUUGCAAAGUUUCCAUUGGGAAUCAUAUGAUUAAGUUCCACAGCACCAUCACCAAAAACAGAUUUUUGAAAAGGGAUCAUAAGAAAACCGCAUCUACAUUGAAAUUGACCCUGGUCUGUCUCAAUUGUGACCUGCUCGUGGAUGCAUCAGGUGGUGACCUGAUGACCAAACAUUUAACCGAUCGACCAAAUCACAUAUGCAAAGUCAUUCAGGAGAAAGCAGAUGUCAAAUCCAAAGAUCGUGUCCAUCUCCUCAUGGGGCAGCCAGCAAAGGUCUUGUACCUCUUGACGACAACUUCUGCUCAAAGACCAAAGGAAAUGGACUUGAAACGAGAUGAAAAGGUCACAACCGGAAGUUCGACUGUUGCCACUGUUAAUCGACCGAAAUCAGAGGUGAUGCCGCAAGCAGGUGAUCAGGAAAAGGGUCCCACAGAAAUAAGUGUCAGUGAAGAUUCCUCUAAAGGAGAAUUGCAGCAGUCCUCGCUGCCUGCUUUGCCGUCUUCCUCUUCAUCAGAUGGGCUCGGUGGGGAGCUGGUGGGGGACUCCGAGAGCCCAGAUGUUGGAAAGCAGGUCCCCAUCUCGGAGAUUUUCCCUGAGCAUGAGACUGUGGUACAGCAAAUUAAAUCUGACUGAACCUGUUUGACAACAUAGACAAUGCACAUGACAAACUAGUUAAAAAAUUUUAAAUAACUGGUUCAUCUACAACACUUCGGCAUUGUCAUUUCUUUUAAGAAAUAUAAAUUAUAUGAUGAUGUUGCUUAGGCUGCUGCUGUUCAAGAUUCCUGUGUUUGGAAAGUCGGCUUCAACAAUUCGAUAAAAUAUUUAUCUCUUUAGUAAAACGUCAAUUGCCGAGAUAUGUUAACUAUACCCUGAAAUCUUCUUGCUCAGUAAUCGGAUUUGAAAAUUUGCCAACCUACCAUGCAGACAUAUACCAUCCAGUGUCAGUUGUUCCUUUGACUUAAAUGACUAAUGCUCAUUUUGGUUUUAUAAAAAUUUAAAAAGAAAAAAAUAAUUGACGCUAUUCUCAAGGAAACUCCAUCUGCCAUAAGAAAAGCAGCGUUUGGAUCGACUACCAGCCCCUUUGUCAGUUUUUGAUUUGUUUUCUUGGGCCUCUUUUGCAUUCUUGGAUGAACAAAUUUGUCCAUGUGACAACUCCACCAGAUUCUCAUGUUCUCUGACUAUAUAUUAAAAUUGUCCAUGUUGUCCACCUAAAGUGCACAUUGAAAAUUGUCAUUUUGCCUUUGAUUGCAUUUAGUUUAAGCAGUUAGAGCCCGAUUUCUAUUGGAGAGCAUUUUGCGCUCGUAAAGUUUAAGAUUUUUAUUGUCCUUCUAUAAUGUUUAAAUUAUUAUUAGUAUUAUUUAGGCAUAAUCACAAAGCUGCUCCCUUGUAUAUUUUAAGAGUUGAGAGGAGGUUAAUUUAUAACAUAUCUCGGUACACAGAAAGUAGCUUAAUACCAUUAAGGAAAACAGCAGUACAUGUAUAGAAAAUAUGAGGAUAAAAUGUUACUCCUUAAGAAAGAAUGUCAGUUUUGUAAAACUCAAACAAUACGCAAAAAUUAAGCAACUAAAGAGGACUUGGGUGGAAAGGCAAUUUAAUAGUAUUAAUUCUAACUGUUCAAAGGGCCAGCUUGUAAAAUGUGUGUACAUGUUAUUGUGUUCAGAUAUGUCGACUUAAUGGAACCCGUCAGCCAGUUUUCAUGUCCCAGCUGCUGCCUCAUUAAGAUAACUUUAAUUUUGCAUUAAGUGGGGAAAGAAAAAGGAAAAUUCCCUGUGGUGCCGGGAUUAAUUUAUACAAUACGGUUUGUUUACUUUGAGUGGCUAAAAACUGUGAAGUCAUUCCUAAUGUCACAGGUUAAAAAAAAGGGGGGGGGGGGUUUCACUUGUACAUAGAGUAUCUGUAGAGUAAGUCUGUAAAUGCAUCUAUGUCCAUCGUGGCACUGUAAAUGUUCCCUCCCUGCUGAGUCUGUUUUGAAUACAUUCCUUUAAAUAUGUAUAGUGUUGCCCUCAGGACACACUUUCCUCUGAGAUCUAUAAACUACUGGGUUUGGAUCAGUGUUAUUCUGUUAUGUAAAUAAAUCUUUAGUACAAAAGG